AUCUUGACACCCUCUUAAACCAACCAGACGGUGGGAUUCGAAGAACACAAAGCAAAAACCACAAUGUUUCCAAAGCAUCUGGUAAAAACAAAGUCCAAACACUUCCACCUUAUGGCAGUGGUUAGAUUGUUCUUGUUGGCCUAUCUAUUUAUGCAAAACACCAACCUUUAAACUCUCUAACCUACCAUUGCCAAAAGAAAAGGCAAAACUCAUUUAAGAAAAAGGUAGGACAGAAAAAGAAACAGCAACACCUGGCUGGCUCUUAGCACUUUUGAUGAGUAAUAUAGAGUCCAUUUUGGUGAGAACUGAGAAGCCACCCAACUCCUCCCUCAUUCCCUCUCCCUCUCCCUCUAGUGGCAAGCUUCCAAAACAACAACUCCAAAUGGAAGUUUCAUGCAAGAUUCUCAGAAGAUCAACUCACAGUUUUCUCCGAAACUAUCAUUACUUCACCUCAACAGCAGCUUUUCUAGCAUUUCCUUUCUCAGCUUCCAUACUCCUCUCUCAGGCUGUUGCUCCAACCCCUUCAUCUCUCUUGCCUCAAAUCUACACUCGCCUAAGGAUUCUCUUUGAUGCUGCUGGCUUCCCUUCAUCUUCACAGCUUUUUACCAUUCUCAACCUCAAGGUUUCUCAAACAAUCACUUCUUCAAUCCUUACCCUUCCUUUCACCCUCACCUUUCUCCUCGUUGCAAAAGCAUUCAUAAUCCAGGCUCUCAAUCACAACAAACCAACUUUCCAGCCUUCCUUCAGUUCAGUUCUAUCCCUUUACAAGCCCCUCCUCCAUACCUACUUCUGCAACUGUUUCUUGAUUCUCUCAGCAAAUGCAACUACUUUUGGUCUCAUGUUUUUGGCCUUCAGCUUCGUUGAAAGAUUUGGCUACUCUUCCCCCGGUAACCUCAUCCUCUUCAUGUCAGUAGCUGGAGCAGUUCUCUUUUCUGUGAUUCUGGCCAAUGCUCUUGUCAUAUGCAACAUGGCACUGGCUCUAUCUGGCAUGGAGGGACAUGGUGGGUACUUUGCAAUUCUUAAAGCUUGUCUUCUCUUAAGGGGAAGGACAUCGAUGGCUUUGUUCCUGGCACUUCCUGUCAAUGUGGCACUGGCAGCCAUUGAGGCUCUGUUCCAAUUCCGGAUUGUUAGGCCCUAUCAUAUUGCUGGAAUGGCAGGGCCUUGUGUGGCUUUGGAGGGGAUUUUCAUUGCUUACCUCUACUCAAUCUUCAUCAUCCUUGACACAAUUGUGAGCUGCAUAUUCUACAAAAGCCUUAAGACAGGAUCGUGGAUCCAUCAGGAGGACAAAUAUUUGUUCAGGAUUGAAUUCCCAGAUGAGGACCAGUACGGUUACACCAGCACCAAGGAACUACCUUAAGUAGCAUAUGGUGGCAAGUUAUUAAUUUGGUUAAGGUUUUUUCUUCGCAUUUCGUGAAGGAGAAGGAUCAACCAGUUAUUUUAAACUGAGUAUAGAAGGAAUUUACAAUUCAUUGAUGUUGCUUGAAUGAAAUCAAGCAACUUCGAAGACAUAAAGAUUUUCAAUUGAGCGACCUCAGCUCAACUACGUGCAAAGCCAAAGAAGUUAGAUUCUCAGACACCAUUUGAUAUAAAUGAAAUGCAAUUAUGUUAUAUUCUCAUACUAUAUCUUUUGUUUUAAUCUCUUUUACAUUGUAGAUUAGCAACUAGCAAUCUUUUACAGUGUGAAUAAUACAAAAUGCCUCCCUUUGCCUUCUCUGUGUGCAACUGUCUCUGGUUUUCUAGUGUUUAUUCAUCAAAUGAAAAAUCAACAAUGGUUUAUCGGACUUUUGUACCCAAGAACUAGCCUCAGCCUCUUAACUCGUGAAGAUGCAAGCUAGGAUGAGAAUGUAAAUCCCUCCCUUCCACAAACAUAAUUAAGCAAUUGUAUUUGGACAAACAAGAAUCAGGGAGGUUCUAAAUUCAAUCAAACAAUCUUGAAUUACCACGCCAAUGAAGUCACACUAUGUCUGAAUUUUCUGUUAUUCAUAUCAAUCCAAUAUUGCAAAUUUCUUCAACUCCUGGGAGAACUGAAAAAUGAAACUAGCAUUUCUAACUGGCCUGCUCCUUUUAUGUUACAGUAACAAAACAAGCAUACUUUCUAGAAUCUUACGAGGCACAAUUGCAUAAUUUCAUAAUCUUGGUCUGGUCCACGAUUCCUAUCAUGUCAUGAAUCACCUAAAAAUUUGAAUCUUACGAUACAU